AUGAGAGGUGACGGCUCCAGGGUCUCCUCAGACCAGAUUGAGCAGCUCCACCGGAGGUUCAAGCAGCUGAGUGGAGACCAGCCCACCAUUCGCAAAGAGAACUUCAACAAUGUUCCUGACCUGGAGCUCAACCCGAUCCGAUCCAAAAUCGUCCGUGCCUUCUUUGACAACAGGAACCUGCGCAAGGGGUCCAGUGGCCUGGCUGACGAGAUCAACUUUGAGGACUUCCUGACCAUCAUGUCCUACUUCCGGCCCAUCGACACCACCAUGGACGAGGAGCAGGUGCAGCUGUGCCGGAAAGAGAAGCUGAGAUUUCUGUUCCACAUGUAUGACUCGGACAGCGACGGCCGCAUCACCCUGGAAGAAUAUCGAAAUGUGGUGGAGGAGCUGCUGUCCGGAAACCCGCACAUCGAGAAGGAGUCAGCCCGCUCCAUCGCCGACGGGGCCAUGAUGGAGGCGGCCAGCGUGUGCGUGGGGCAGAUGGAGCCUGAUCAGGUCUACGAGGGGAUCACCUUCGACGACUUCCUGAAGAUCUGGCAGGGGGUAGACAUCGAGACCAAGAUGCACGUCCGCUUCCUGAACAUGGAGACCAUCGCCCUCUGCCACUGACCUGCAGGCACCCCCGUCCCCGAAGCCGCGCCGUGGUGCAGAGCUGCCUGCGUGCGGGGCCGAGGCCCCUGGGGUCCUGCUGCAGCUCGUGUAAAUAGCCCCCCGCACUCCGCGGUCUUGUUUUCCCUAGGGCACGGUACGCGGGGCCUCGCUGUUUUUAUCUCCAAUAAAAAAAACAAAACUGUUGGUUUGUAAAUGAA